AUGACGUUCAGUGGUCUCUUCCCCUUCGUGCUUCUUGCCCUGGGAACCCUGGCACCUUGGGCUGUGGAAGGUGCUGGAAAUGCUUUGAAAGCUGGUGACUGCCCUCCUAGAAAACCUGCCCAGUGCCUUAAAUAUGAGAAACCCAAGUGCAGCAUUGACCGUCCGUGUCCAGAGAAGAAGAAAUGUUGCCCUGAUGCUUGCGGAAUGACAUGCCUGGAUCCUGUCAACAUCUUGAACCCAGUUGAGGAGAAGCCUGGGAAGUGUCCAGUGUUCACCUACCGAUGUGCGAUGGUUAACCCCCCCAAUCGAUGUGAGACAGACAGCCAGUGCGUGGGUGAAUUAAAGUGCUGCGAGGGCCCUUGUGGGAAAGAGUGCCUGCUCCCUGUGAAAGUUGAGGAGAAGCCUGGGAUGUGUCCAGAGUCCCUCAUCCGAUGUAUGAUGCUUAACCCCCCCAAUCGAUGUGAGACAGACAGCCAGUGCAUGGGUGAAUUAAAGUGCUGCGAGAGCUUUUGUGGGAAAGAGUGCCUGCUCCCUGUGAAAGGGAAUUCUUGGGGAGAGAAUGUGGAGAUGACUUGGCUGGUUCCUGUAUUGAAGUCCUGA